GGGCUGCCUGAGGUGUGGGAAGAGGCAGGCCUGGGAAAUUGGGAAUAGGACUUUCCGUUCACUUCCUCUUCCUGCCCCAGAGGAAUAAGAGGUAGCCCAGGGCCUCGGGUGACUUCCGCGCCUCACUGGGCCACCAAGGGAGGCUGUGAUGCCUCGUGGGCAGGCUGAGUGCACCAAGCCGCCGGGUACACCUCUCUCUUCCUCCGUUGGUGACCAGGGCCUCCCAGGCACUUUUAGUUUCCGCUGCAAGAGCAGUGAAGACUGUCACCUUCCCCAGCUGCCUCAGCAGGGUCCACUGCCACUCCUGGUUCCCCCUCGGCCUUACCCUGCACGCCCUACUGUCCCCCUGCCCUGAUCCACACACCUGCCACGCCCACCUCUGGCCAGGCUAUGAGUAGGGGAACACUCAAUCUUGGGGCUGGCUCAGAGCCACAGCUGCAUAGAUGAUCCCUAAGGGACCUUCCCUCUCCUUGGUGAGACUUCUCCCUACAGUAGAGGUCAAGAGAGGGUGGGUGCAAAGUUGGCCCCGCCCCUCCAGUAUUCCAGGCUCCUUGGCUGGCUGGCUCUCCGGCUUGAGUUAGCAGAGCUUUGGCUAAGCUGCUUACAUGAGCUGGACUUGCAUAAGCUGCUUAUAGGGAUAGGUGGGGGUGGGGGCUGCUGGGAGGCUGCUCUGAGGAGAGGAUGGGAAAGUGGUUCAUCUGCCCCAGUGCCAUCCACAAUGGGAAAGUCCCCUCAAGACCGGCAUUGGCCUGAUGCAUGUACAGAUAGUACCAGGAGCGCCCUCCCAAAGCGCAGCUGUGUCACCCCUUCUGAGUGAGGGUCUUCCCACUUGGGCUGAGAGGUGCACGUCAGACAGGAGACUCCGGCGUGGGAAGGAGGGUGUGCUGGACAUGACUUUGUCCUCCAGCCCUCUCUGACCUACCUGCCCCAGACUGCUUCCCACAGGCCACUAGGAUGAGACUGCGUCCCCCCAUUAGACCCCCCAGUGGCAGAGCGAUGUGUCUACCACACUGGGGGGCUCUCCCAGGGCAGGGUCUCCAUUAUUUGGGGGAGGGUAAUAAUCCUUAGAGUCAGAGAGAACUAGCUGGGGGUCCCCCGGAAGCUGAGCUGGUGGGAGGAGCUUUGGAGGCGCCUUCCUUGCUCAGUGGCCUGUCUCCCCCAGACUACUUGUGCUCCCCCGAGGAAAAUAUCUACAAAAUCGACUUCGUCAGGUUCAAGAUUCGGGACAUGGACUCAGGCACUGUCCUCUUUGAAAUCAAGAAACCACCAGCCUCAGAACGGCUGACAAUCAACCGGCGGGACCUGGACCCCAAUGCCGGGCGCUUUGUCCGCUACCAGUUCACGCCUGCCUUCCUCCGCCUGAGGCAGGUGGGAGCCACGGUGGAGUUCACCGUGGGAGACAAGCCGGUCAACAACUUCCGCAUGAUCGAGAGGCACUACUUCCGCAACCAGCUGCUCAAGAGCUUUGACUUCCACUUCGGCUUCUGCAUCCCCAGCAGCAAGAACACCUGCGAGCACAUCUACGACUUCCCUCCGCUCUCGGAAGACCUGAUUAGUGAGAUGAUCCGCCACCCGUACGAAACGCAGUCUGACAGCUUCUACUUCGUGGACGACCGGCUGGUGAUGCACAACAAAGCCGACUAUUCCUACAGCGGGACGCCCUGACCCUCCCAACUGCCCCCUGCCCGCCGAGGCUCUACACUGGGCCUCUGACUAGGGCUUGCUCAGCACCCACCUCUGGAACCCAGGGUCUCUGCCCGGGAAGCGCUCCAGGGCCCGUUCCCUGAGAACAGGGAGCCUCAGUCCCAGCUUCAUGAAGCCCAAGGGACCUGGGACCUGGGGUUGGGGUAGGGGGUUUGUUAACGUCCAUGUCCAGGAAAGCUUCCUGAGAGCCUCGCUGGCCCUCUCGGACCCAGGUUUCUGAAUAGUGCCCCCUGUCCAGGCUGUGACAGGGCCAGAGCAGGGAGUCCUGUCCCCUACCUGCCACCCCCACAGACGAAGCUCCUUGGGGGAGUCUGACCACCAGACUUCACCAGAGCCUGGGGCUUGGCCCCAGCUGCCACCAUCCAGUGCUGAGACACUGCCUGAGGUGUGGGGAGGGGACCAGUCCAGCUUGUCGUCUGUGUAGGGGCUGGAGCAACUGUAUAUAGUUUUCAAUAAACUCUUCUUUUUCUCUUC